AUGGCAAGAAAUGCUUCAAUAUCUUGGGCCGUUGCGUGUUUGAGCUUUACCACUGGUGGCUUGAUACUGAUAUGGGUUUUCAAUAAUAAUGGUGUCGACGCAGACCAAGAUCACCGUGAAUUUUCGGACUCAAUGAUUCGAAUAAUCUUUGGAGCUUUUUCAUUUUUUUUAUCAGCAUUUAAAACCUUUCGUAAAUGCAAUGUUUGGUGGUUAAGUUUCUCAUGGUUUUACCUUGGUAUAACUACAAGUUUCAUGCUCGGAGUAUAUCCAACAACAUUAAUAUUUACCGAAUCAUUGAGCAAAUCGACAGUCCUGAUAUCGUUUUAUUCAUUUUCAAUCAGUGUUGGCGAACUGUCAAUCGCUGUUAUCAUUUCAAUAGCAUCGAACAAGUACGAAAACUUUGGUCGUGUUCCAACUGCAGUUAUUGGAUUUGCGAUCCAUCUCCUUGUAUUUACUUUAGUCUUAUUGUCAACUCCUCGGUAUUCUUCUUUACGCCCAAACAACGAUGGUGGAUUAUUAUUCAAUCCAAAUCUGUAUACAUCACUGCUAUGCGGUUACUGUAUGGGAGUAGCUGACGGUUGUUGGAAUACUAUCAGAUGUUGUAUAAUACCGCUGUUACUGGCAGACAGUCGAGCUGAAGGAUUUUCUAUCUCUAAGGCAUUCCAGUCUCUGGCAUCUUUUGUGGUAUUUUUUCUCUCUCCCAUUAUCGAUAUCUACGCCCAUGUUGCUAUUCUUCUGCUCUUUAACAUUCUUGCGACUGCAACAUUUAUUAUUGCUUCAGUUCAAGACGACAGAAAGAAAAGGAGAAUAUAUGGGCCGAAAAUUUCGCAUGUAAGUGCAAAUGCAAUUGAUCUCUGUGCAUUAGAAAACAAGUUAGAAUCUUGUUAA